AUGUCAACUAUUAGAUGGAUGCACAGAGAAGAGAAAAAACCACGAAAAAAAAUAAUAACAUUAAAUGAAAUAAAACAAAGAUAUUUAGCUGACUGUACUAGCCAAAAAGAGAAAAAAAAAAAAAAAUUUAUUACAUUCUAUGAAAAAAGAGGAAAUAAAAUUGUAAAAAUUCAAAACGAUAUUUAUGAGAAUGAUGAAAAUACAUAUUCUGAUGAUAAAAAAAAUGUAAUGAAAAAAGGAAAUUAUAAUGUAGAAACUGGUAAUAGAGGUAUUAAAAAAAAUGUGAUGUUUUUAGAAAGCCAUAAAAAAAAUAAUCAAGACUUGAUCAAAAACCACUUUGGUAAUUUUCAUAAUAAUGAGAAAAGUGUGGGGAUAAUAAAAAAUGAUCAUUUAAAUAUAAAUCUAGACAUUAAUAUUCAAUGGGAUAAAAAAGAGAAAGAUAUUUUUGAAAAUAAAACAAACACAAACAAUUAUGAUAUAAAAAUAAUAAAACAUGACAAAAAUUGUAAUAAAAAAUUCCAAGAAAGGAGAACACCAUCUGAUAAUGUUAUUUGGCCAGAUAAAAAAUUUUAUUCGAAAAAAAAUGACCACGAUAAAUAUUAUGAAGAAAAGGAUAUCAAAAAAUACUAUGAGCCAAAUUAUAAAGACAAAGAAGUUCUAACAAUAACCAAAGAUGAAUAUAAUAAUUAUAUAAAAUAUAAUAAUAAUGAAGCUGCAAAAAAUAAUAAAAAGGAAAACUAUGUUAAAUAUAUGCCAUAUAGUAACAGUUAUUUAUGUAACACCCAAAAUGAAAGAAUAAAAAAACAACUUCGAUUUGGAAAUACACACAUAACAGAAGAAGACAAAAAUAAUAUUCCUGACCAAAGGAGAUAUCCAAAUAAAAAUAAAACAUAUGUUAACUAUGAUUCAAAUAUGCAUAAAGACAUAAAAUAUGAGCCAUAUAAACAUGAAAAUAAUCUAAAUUCUAAUAAUUAUAUUAUUCAAAAUGAAAUAAGACGGAAUUUUCAUCAUAGUCCUGAAAUUUAUAAAAAAAAUAUAUAUACUGAUAAAAAGAAAGAUAAAAUUAAAAAUGCUAUUAUAUCCUUAAAUAUGUUAAAUAAUAUUUUUUUAAAAAAAAUGAAUAAAUAUUUUUACAUUUUUGUUAAGCAAUUAUUAAACCGUAAUAUUAAUAAACCAAUAUAUAAGAAAUAUGUAAAACUAGAGGGUAUGCGAAAAAUGCCACCAUCAAAUAAUCGAAAUUGUGUUCUUAUUAAAAAAAACGAUAAUACAAAAUUUGAGACUUUAAAACCACAAAUGUUUAUAGAGUCUAAUCAAGAAUUUUCAACCACUAUCUUGGAUCAAGGGUUUGUAGAAAAGAGGGAAGAUUUAAACGAUCACAAAAUAAAUAACAAUUAUAACAAUCAUAUUGAUCAGACAUAUAAUCCACAAAGUACAUAUAAUGUUCUACAAAAUGAAAAACGAUCCUCAUUAAUAAAAAACAAAAAUUGUAAAAAAUGUGAAGAUACAUCAAUCCUUAAAAUAAAAACAUUAAAUAGCACUAUAAUUGACAAUUUUAGUGAAAUAAAUAUAAAUGAUAAAAGUAGAAAGGAAAGUAAUUUAAAAUUUUUUUGUGUCUUAUUAUCUCUCUUUUUAAAGAAAUACACAUAUAGACAAUUAAUAAUUCCAUUUUUCCUAAUGGGCUCUAUACCCCCAAAACAGAAAGAAAAAAGGGCAUUAAGAAAUUUCUUAAAUUCAAGAGUCUAUUUCUUAAAAUUGUUAGACAAAAUUUUAAAAAAUCAAGAAAAAAAAAUGGUAAAAAUAUUUUUUCAAAAAUUAAUCGAAAAAGAUAAACCAAUUGAAAAAUAUUCAAAUACAGAAAUAAAUCAAACUGAUCAAGUGAAAAAAAAUGUAGACAAACAACCAAAUUUUGACGACCAUAAAAAGGCUGAACAACUAAAAAAUAAUCCAUACUCAACCGACGAAAUAGAUGGUAAAUACAAAAAAGAAAAUCAAAAAAAAGAAACAAAGAAAGACAAUAAUAAUAAUUAUAGCAAUAGUAAAGAGCAAAAAAAGGAAACAAGUCCCAGUGCGUGUUUUGGUAAACCUAAAAUAUAUAGAACUGAUGAUUAUGCGAUAUUUUAUAAUAAAAAAUUGUUGAAUGAAAAAAAUAAAACAUAUCAUGAAUGCUUAUUAAGAUCUAAAUCAGAUACAUUGUUAGACUUUUUAAAAAGAUCAAAAAUGUAUAAAUUUACAAACAGUAUAAUGAUUGAAAGUAUGACAGAAAGUAUGAAUAGUUCAGGUAAUAAAAGCUCAUCAGGUUUUGAACAAUUUUUUACUGCAACAUAUAAAUUAAGCACUGAUAAUUUUGCAAGAGACAAAUAUAAAAGUAAAUUGAAUUUUUCUGGUUAUAAAAAUAUGUUGGACUAUUCUACUAUGUUUAGUAGUUGCACACACAAAAAUAAAAAUGAUAAUAGUGAUAAAAAAAUUAAAAACAAUCAUAUUAAUAUGGAUAGUAACUUUUUUUACAUUAAUAAUCAAAAGGAUGGCGGAAAUACAAAACCUUAUAAAAUAUAUAGAGAAGAUAAUAAGAUUGAAAAAAACAAUAGCAUUUCUCUUACACCUAUUUAUGAUUAUGAAUUUCAUAGUAAUAAAAAAAUUGAAAUAAUUGAUGAAAAACAUAUUAAUAAAAAUUUGGGGAAAAUAAAUGAAAAUCCAUACACCUUAAAAAAUACCAAUUUAAAUGAUAAAGAAUGUAGAGAAUUUUUUAAAAAUAUUAAAAAGAAACUUAAAAUAAAUUAUAAAGAAAUUUUACAUACUAAUAUAAAAAAAAUACCAGACUUACAUAUAAGUGAUUUAAGUAGCACAAUCGAUAUUUCAAAGCAUGACCAACAAUCAUAUAAGCCGGGAAAAAAAAUAAAAAAAAAUAAAAAUACCAAUAGCAAUACCAAUAACAAUAACAAUAACGAUAACAAUAACAUUUGUAAUGACUCCAUUUUAAAUAAUCUAAACUUUUUAACCGAAUCAGAUAUGGCUUUAAUAAAUAACUUUUCUCAAAAUGUUACAAAAUAA